AUGGAAUCAAAUCCAGUGGUUUUCUUUGAUAUUGCCCUUGGGGGCGAAUCCCUUGGGCGAGUGAAAAUGGAAUUGUUCGCAAAUGUCACCCCGCGAACAGCAGAGAAUUUCCGCCAGUUUUGCACGGGGGAAAGCAAGACCCCCAAGGGACAACCCCAAGGCUACAAGGGAAGCAAAUUCCACCGAGUGAUCAAAGACUUCAUGAUCCAAGGUGGGGAUUUCAUCAAUGGCGAUGGAACUGGAUCCUGUACCAUCUACGGCACCUCGAAGUUCGCUGAUGAAAACUUCACACUCACCCAUGACCGAGCUGGUCUGUUAAGCAUGGCAAAUUCGGGCCCCAACACCAAUGGCUGCCAGUUUUUUAUCACAACUACAACCACACCUUUCUUGAACAACAAGCAUGUGGUGUUUGGCCAAGUGAUUGACGGGAUGGAGAUUGUUCAUAUGAUUGAAAACACUCGUACGAGCAAGGAAAAGCCUAACCAGGAUGUAACGAUUGUGCAAUGCGGAGAGAUGUAA